GCGCAGACUUUAAAGGCAGUAUUAAAGGCGGUGCUUAUUUCAGUGAUUCAACUUCAGGUUGCAAAAGGAGCACCUACUCAAUACCACUUUCUUCUCUCCUCUGAGUGGAUCAUGUCUGUGAUACUUUUACGUCUCCUGAGUUUGUUUCUGUUGGCGGACCUCCUCACAGGAGACCAACAACUCGUUUGUCUGGAGUCAAUCCGGGCUUCCAAAGGUGAAAACGUCACUCUCCGAUGUCACUCGCAUCCCAAACUCCACUUGGACGAGCAGACGGUGGAAGUGAGGAGAGACGACCUCCCCGGGAGGGACAACAUCGUCCACCUCUAUCGGGGCAGAAAGGAUGAUUUUGAGAACCAGAUGACUCGGUACAGAGACAGAACCCGUCUGGACCCUGAAGACCUGACCUCAGGAAAUGUCACGCUGAGGAUCUGCUCGGUAAACGAGUCGGACUCUGGACGCUACGUGGUCUUUAUCCCAAAGCUGCACAUCCGGCGUGUCAUUAACGUGACCAUCGAAGCUGAAGACCCAAAGAACCAGACGAAGAGUCGUGAUCCUACAAAUGUCCCUCCAACGUCAGAAGACCCUGGUGCUGAGAAGAAGACGGAUGUCCGGAUCAUUGUUGGUUCUGUCCUCGGUGUCCUCGGUGUCCUCGGUGUCCUCGUUGUUGUUCUUGUGAUGAAAUACAAGGUGGUUGACAUUUGGAGGAACUUCAGAGGAAGGAGGUCAAACAACGAUGAACCGGGGACCAGACAGAUGGAGCAGGGAGAAGACUCCGAGUUGAUCGUCAACAACGACAAUUCAUCCGGAAAAUCCUCCAACAAGAUUUAUUAAGGACAAUUUUUGUGAUCCCUCUGGUUAAAAAACAAACGAAAUCUAGGAAUCUGUCUCUUUGUCUUCCGACAUCCUCAAACUACUGAGAUCCCAUCGCCUCUUCAGGGGUCGCACACCCACCUCAGGUGUUGAAGUGAAGUAGCCAGCUAGUCAUCUGCCUUCUAUUUACAAUUUACUUUCUAUUUUUUUAAUAGUUUGAAAUAUGGCCUUUUCCAACCGGUUUUAAAUACAAGAACAGUAACUACCUGAGAUAAAUGUUAGUAAUAGUGUCCCCCUUUUCCCCCUUUUUAUUCAUUCGGGGUGUUUUUUUUUAUGCACUUUUUGGAUCUGCCUGUUACAGACGUUUAUUGCAUUAAAUGGGUUGGAGGCGGAGCUUAGUGAGUGACAGCUUUUUAUCAGGGCGCUCAGUUUCCUGCUGAGGAGGAGGAGGAGGAGGAGGAUGAAGGUCUGAAGAUGCACACUUCUCCUGUGAAGACUAUUUAAAAAAAAUAUAUACAAGUGUUUGUCAGCGCUCGGGUCCAAGGAAUAUAUUUUCAUGAUGAUUCUACUAUGUGUUACUGUGUACUGUGAGUCAUGUGUGCCAGAAGUGUUGAUGUCGAAUACUUUGUGAUCAGACUCUACCUCGACUAAAAACACUAACAAAUUAAAGCACUUAAACUGUACCUCUAAUGGCUCUUAUCUACAGCAAAUUGUAAAUCGGCUUAUUUAAUGAAAUUGCGCUUUCUUGUUCUUCUGAGUUUGUAUCCUUAUGGUUGAACGCACUAAUUGUAAGUCACUUUGGAUAAAAGCGUCAGCUAAAUGACAUGUAAGGGAAUUAUCUGAAAGACAUGUUUUUUAUGAAGAUAAAAUAAACUUUUUUUUAAAGCCUC